UGAAGAAUUAAAUAAAAUUCAUUCAGUCACGGUCCCUUAUCAAAUGCAGCACGUUUUAUAAAAGCUUAAUGCAUUUAACAGUGCUGCUGCUCUAAUGGCACAAACAGGCAUUACCUGACUAAAACAUUUACAUAGUUUUCUACUUUUAUAAAUGUUAAUACGAUGUCUUUUGCUUUUAUAAUCGUAUUGUUUUUUGGACAAUUAAUUGUUGGAAGUUUAGAUGUAAUUAAGCCAUCGGAUCGACUGUUACAAUACAACAAAUUGUUGCAUUUGAAGUCUUACAGAAGAAGUAGCCUCACUGCACGGCCUUUAGAAACAGUGUACGUGGUAGUAUAUUACGAGAGUUUAUGCGAAGAUUCCAGAGACUUCUUCACUACGCAACUAACCGCUGCCUAUGAAUUAUUGGAACCAUAUUUAGAUGUACGCUUAAUACCAUACGGGAAGGCCACUACUAAAGUUGUAGAUUCCCCGGAAUAUUAUACGUUUAGAUGUCAUCAUGGCCCCUUAGAAUGUUACGGCAACAAGUUACAUGCGUGUGCGUUGAAUAUAUUUCCGACAGAGAAAAACGCACAUGUGUUUAAUGCAUGUCUAAUGGACUACGAUCACACGGGACAAGGUUCUGAUGAUACAGCUGCGGAUAAGUGCGGUAGGGCGUUAGCAUUAAACGUCAAAACAAUCAAAGAAUGUGCGAGCAAUCAAACCGGUAUUUUCUUGCACAAUUAUUACGGACAGCGGACGAAGAUGACGAAAUUUUCAUAUGUACCUCACAUCCUGAUUAAUGGAGUACGAAGUAAUGGUACCAACUUGAUAGCUGACAUUUGCUCCAUCCUUAAAACACCUCCAACCGAAUGCAAGAUAUUUUAACCGUGAUUUUCAAUUGUCUUUAA